UUCACACAUUUUAUUAACACCUAAAACAAAAAAAAGGAGAAAACACCAAAUAAAAAAAAAACACAAAAGAAGAGGACUUAAGUUUAAAAUCAAUGGCGAAGAAGGUGAGAAAGAUUCACGUGACGGUGAAGCCGGUGAGACUUGAUGGUUUACAGGCUAUUCCCGGGGACGAAACGGCGGAAAAGAAUCUUUUCGCGAUGGUAGAAUUAAAAUGGAAAGGACCGGUCUCCGGUUUCGGAUUAGGGCUCGUCCCAUUUUACCGGUCGAACAGACCGGUUAACCAUACGAGCUCUAAACAUAUUGCUUUGGGCGCCAGCUACGUGGAAUGGGAGGAGGAGUUCGAACGUAUUUGUUGCGUUGUUGGUCCAUGGAAUCUUUCCUUCAAUGUCUUCUACGGAGAGACAAUAGACGUGAAAAGCAAAAAGGCUGUGAUCGGAAAAGCCUCGUUGGAUUUGGCGGAGUUAGCGUCGAAGCUUGAAUCGACGGUGGAGAGAAAGCUUCCGAUUAGGUCAAAGGGUUUACUUUCUAAGGAAGCAAUUCUUGUGGUCAACGUGACUUUUUCCGAGGUACGAAACGAACCAGAAGACUUUACACCACUCGGUCCAAUCUCAGUUGACUCAGCGAUUCCGACGAGGAUGACGAGUCGUCGCGACGGCAGCGACUCAGCGAUGUCUUCGUCUCCGGCAACCGCAUCAAGUUCCAGCGGACAUAGCCCGGUUGUCGAAACCGAGUCGAAUUCAAGCCCGGAGAAUCAGUCUGAACCGGGUCAUAAAGCCGGGUUUAAUUGGUGGAAAAGACGACGGUUAAGCUUUUCUAUGACAUGGAGAAGAGAACCGAGAGAGGAUGAAGCUACAACGAAGAUAUCAUCCUCAAAACCGUCGAAGACAGAACCAGAAAAUCCGGCGACGGAAACAGAUUUAUCGAUCGUGGCGAACAAAUGGUUGGUAAAGGAUUUAGUGAGCCGAGAUGGGAAAUCGAAGCUGAGAUCGGAAGUUUACACGGCGUCGAUUGAUCAGAGAAGCGAACAAGCUGGCGGAGAAGCAGCUUGCGCGGCGGUGGCGGUGGUGGUGGCUCAUUGGUUCCAAGCAAAUCCUAAGCUAAUCAAUCCUUUAGAAACCGAAUUCGAUUCGCUAAUCACACAAGGCUCUUCCUUAUGGCAAUCACUCUCCGACGAAGAAUCAUAUUUGAGAUUGUUCCCGAACAAACAUUUCGACCUAGAGACGAUCGUCUCCGCCAAAUUACGACCGAUUAGGGUUUGUACUGAUAAAUCAUUCACAGGGUUUUUCAGCCCGGAUAGAUUCGCUUCGUUGGAAGGUUUAAUGUCGUUUGAUCAGAUCUGGGACGAAGUGGAGAAAGAAGUAGCAGAGAUAGCUGUAGGAGAAUCUAGGGUUUAUAUCGUUAGCUGGAACGAUCAUUUCUUCGUGGUCAAGGCAGGUUUAGAUAGGUUUUGUGUAAUCGAUUCGUUAGGGGAGAGAUUGUUCGAAGGAUGUAAACAAGCGUACAUUCUCAAGUUUGAUGAUUCGAGUUUGAUGUACGAGAAAGAGGAAUCGUCGGAGGAGAAACUUGUUUGUAAAGGUAAAGAGUGUUGCAGAGAGUAUAUAAAGAGGUUUCUUGCGGCGAUUCCGGUGAUGGAAUUGGCGGCGAAGGAGGAGAAAGGGAAUGUAGCAGUGGAUGUGUCUCUUCUUCAUGAGAAACUUCAGAUUGAUUUGCAUCAUAUUAUGUUGACUAGUGAUUAGAGCUUUGUUUUUUUUCUUGUUUCUGACUAUUUUGGUUUAGUGUAGCUUUUGUUAGGAUGGUUAGAUUAGAGUGAGUAUUUUGUACAUAUGGUUCGUUUAUAAUCUGUUGGGAAAAAUGUAAUUAAAAGUUUUGAUUUGUCUUGGAGAC